AUGUCAUCGGGAUUCAAAGUUGAAACGAUUUCCGCCGGAAAUGGUCAAAAGCCCCGAUCAGGUCAACGAGUAUCUGUUCAUUACACCGGAACAUUAACAAAUGGAAAAAAAUUCGAUUCAUCACGCGAUCGUAAUAAACCAUUUGAAUUCACUCUUGGCAAAGGUGAAGUCAUCAAAGGAUGGGACCAAGGUGUUGCUCAAAUGUCCAAAGGUGAACGUGCAACGAUCACAUGUCCACCAGAUUAUGCUUAUGGCAAAGAAGGUGUUGGCAAUGGAUUGAUUCCUGGCAACUCAACCUUGAUCUUCGACGUCGAAUUACUCGACUUCAAAUGA